AUGUCAACUAACACAGGAAAACUAACGGUACCGCCUAUUAACUGCAUCUUUAACUUCCUCCAGCAACAGACACAGGUCACUUUUUGGCUUUUUGAACAGGUCCAGAUCAGGAUUAGGGGCAAAAUUAGCGGAUUUGACGAAUUCAUGAAUGUGGUUAUUGACGAUGCUCUAGAGAUACCUAUAGAUCCCAAGAGUGGAUCAGAACUGUCUGAGAAGGCCGUCCAGCUGGGAAGAAUACUCUUGAAAGGUGACAAUAUCACCCUGAUUACUCCCGUCUCGGAUUAA